AUGACAUCGCCCAGCAACUACUCCACUGCUCCAGUCUCUGAAUUCCUCCUCAUCUGCUUCCCUAACUACCAGAGCUGGCAGCACUGGCUCUCCCUGCCCCUCAGCCUCCUCUUCCUUCUGGCCAUGGGGGCCAAUGCCACCCUCCUGAUCACCAUCCGGCUGGAGGCCUCUCUGCAUGAGCCCAUGUACUACCUGCUCAGCAUCCUCUCCCUGCUGGACAUGGUGCUCUGCCUCACCGUCAUCCCCAAGGUCCUGGCCAUCUUCUGGUUUGACCUCAGGUCCAUCAGCUUCUUUGCCUGUUUCCUCCAGAUGUACAUCAUGAAUUGCUUCCUCCCCAUGGAGUCCUGCACAUUCAUGAUCAUGGCCUAUGACCGCUAUGUGGCCAUCUGCCAUCCACUCAGAUACCCGCCCAUCAUCACUGACAAAUUUGUGGCCAAGGCUGGUGCUUUCAUCAUAAUUCGGAAUGCUUUGCUGCUUUCACCUGUUCCUAUCCUCUCUGCUUCGCUCCACUAUUUUGGGAGAAAUGUCAUUGAGAACUGCAUCUGUGCCAACCUGUCUGUGUCCAGGCUCUCCUGUGACAACUUCACCCUGAACAGAAUCUACCAAUUUGUGGCUGGUUGGACCUUACUAGGCUCAGAUUUUGUCCUCAUCUUCAUCUCCUACAUCUUCAUCCUAAGAGCUGUGCUCAAGUUCAAGGCCGAGGGGGCUGCAGUCAAGGCUCUGAGCACAUGUGGCUCCCACUUCAUCCUCAUCCUCUUCUUCAGCACCAUCCUGCUGGUUGUGGUGCUGACAAACGUGGCCAGAAAGAAGGUCCCCAUGGACAUCCUGAUCCUGCUCAAUGUCCUUCAUCACCUCAUACCUCCUGCCUUGAACCCUAUUGUAUAUGGGUUUCAAACCAAAGAGUUAAAGCAGGGGUUUCAGAAGUUGUUGCAGAGGGGACUUUAA